AUGAACUUGAACCUCUUAGAGGAUCGCGCUCUAUGCAGGAUCGAAGCCGAUAUAGCGGCUGGUAUUGACGUCGGUCAAGUGAGGGCCUCAGGUCAUAAAAGCGGGCUCGUACGGGCCGGUGGAUAUUUGAGAUCGCGCAAACCCUUAAAUCAAGACCUUCCACGCUACUUCACUCGGCCAGCGAAGCCAUAUAUCAACAAGCUCCCGAACGAACUUCUAUGCGAGAUCAUCUCGAUGUGUGGUGAUCCAAACGCCACUUUCGACUACCCACGCGAUUCUCGCAUGCAUAGCAACGACAGUACACCUCGUCAUACCUUCAGUUGGGCGGCAAUGGUGACAGGUUAUGUCUGUUCUCGCUGGCUUCGUGUCACGCGCGGAUCCCCUACUCUAUGGACGCUCGUGGACCUGAUGUUCCUGCAACGGCGCCAUGUUGUGGUCAUGAGAUGCUGCCUGCGCUACUCCGCUGGUUUACCUCUGACACUGCGCCUGGUAGAGACGUCUACGGCAGGCACGACCAUCCAUGUGACCCGCCGUAUCAUGAAUGCCGUGGCCGACAACGCAGGGCGCUGGAAGGAAAUUUCGCUAUUCCUGGAUAGCGCACUCGGUGUGCUGGAUGCAAUGACGGCUCUGCCUGCGAACUCCUUUGCUUCGCUGGAAAGAGCGAAGCUAUACUUUCGGGAAUGUGGCCAUCGGCCUCACAGACUCGAUAACAGACUGUGGAAGCUAAUUUAUGGCUCGCCCAGCCUCCGACGGCUCGAAUGGUGGUCCGAUCCUUUUGACCUUCUCUCCGCCUCAAGUGCACCUCUCGGUCAGCUCACACACGUCGGCGUCAAGCACCUCCAGCCCAAACAUCUCAUCCCUCUUCUUCAACUCUGUCCUCAACUCGAGAUUUUCCAGGCCACGAUUGAGCCCGCUAUCGAGGAUUUGCGUAUCCCAGCCUCCGAAUUACUUCCAUCCGGCACCGCACCAAUAACUCUGAAGAAUUUGCGUGUGCUGAUGCUGAACGGAUUGGAGGACUACAGCCGCUUAUACGCGUGCCUCAACGUACCCGCCCUGCGUCGCCUUGAUUUGCACGGAUCAGGCGUUCAGGCGGGCGCAAUGAAGGACAUGCUCAGGAGAUCCAAAGCCAAACUACGUAUGCUUACUCUGUUUUGGACGGUUGUAGGAUGGAUGGACGAUAUCAAGGACCUGCUGCGCUCCACCGAGAUGCAGAGCCUUGCGAUACUUCGCUACGAUCCCUGCACCGGCGUCCGGCAGACCCGCAUGUCAGAGACGACCAACUUGCAUCCCUUCGUGCCGUCCCAUGUCGAGGUCUUUACUUCGCAUUUCAAAGUAGCUGAAGACGCAUACAAGGAGACAAACUGA